GAGUCUGCGGGAGCGGAGCGGCAGUUAACCGCCGCCCCCUGCCCUCGGUCCGGUCCGGUGCGGCCCCGCGCCGAGCCCUGCCUCUCGUGGAGCCCCGGUGGGAAGAGCCCGGCCGACAUGAGUGAUGUCGAGGAGAACAACUUCGAGGGCAGAGAGUCUCGCUCUCAGUCAAAAUCUCCAGCGGGAAGUCCUGCUCGUGUAAAAUCCGAGAGCAGGUCAGCAUCUCGUAGUCCAUCAAGGGCUUCUAAACAUUCCGAAUCCCACUCGAGAUCAAGAUCAAAGUCCAGGUCAAGGUCAAGGAGACAUUCUCAUAGACGCUACACUCGAUCCAGAUCCCAUUCUCAUUCUCAUAGGAGACGAUCACGAAGUAGGUCGUACACGCCAGAGUAUCGUCGUCGAAGGAGCCGAAGUCAUUCUCCCAUGUCUAACCGAAGAAGACAUACAGGCAGCAGAGCUAAUCCAGACCCCAAUACAUGUCUGGGAGUGUUUGGUCUGAGUUUGUAUACAACAGAGAGAGAUCUUCGGGAAGUAUUUUCCCGUUAUGGACCCUUGAGUGGUGUCAAUGUGGUUUAUGAUCAACGAACUGGGCGAUCCCGAGGAUUUGCCUUUGUUUAUUUUGAACGAAUAGAUGAUUCAAAAGAGGCCAUGGAGAGGGCGAACGGGAUGGAGCUGGAUGGCCGGAGGAUCCGCGUGGACUACUCCAUCACCAAGAGGGCGCACACCCCCACCCCGGGCAUCUACAUGGGCAGACCCACCCAUAGUGGAGGAGGCGGUGGUGGCGGAGGCGGUGGAGGUGGCGGAGGAGGCGGGAGACGCCGUGACUCUUACUAUGAUCGUGGAUAUGAUCGAGGAUAUGACAGAUACGAAGAAUAUGAUUACCGGUACAGAAGAAGAUCGCCUAGUCCGUAUUACAGUCGAUAUAGAUCACGGUCAAGAUCCCGUUCCUAUAGCCCAAGACGCUACUGAGGAAUUGGACAAUUGCUGUUGAGGACUUGGAUUUUUAAAAUUCUUCUGGAUUUCUCCAACCUUUUAAUCUUCCCCAUCUCUCAAGAACCCUUAAAAAAUCUUUGGUUUAUUUAGAAUCUACACUUUUUAAGUUGAUAUAUUGCUGUUUUCACCCCUUUAUUGUACUCUGGAAGAUGUAAUUGUUGUAGUUUUGAGUAGUCAGACAUCUUAAAGGAAACCCCAGUGUUAAUACAUUUUGUAAAUUCUUUUUUUGUUUUUACAAAAAAAAAAUUAACUCAUCUUAAUCAAAUGAGGAAAGAAAUUGUUGUUUUUGAAAAGCUUGUUUUGUGUGAAUUGUGCGCUGCACACAUUGUAACAGAAAUUUUCACUGACAAGUAACUUGGUGUUUUGGGGGUGUUUUGUUUGUUUUUUGGUUAACUGUUUGCCUGUUUAUUUUAAGAAAAUAGUAGCCUAUCUAAAACUGUUCAGUAAUGACAAAUUUAAAUGUGGGGUGGCAUGGAACAGUCAAAUAGUUGAGUGUAGAAAGUUUGAAGUUGUAGAAGAUAAAUGACUCUUGGUCAUUUCUUUUGAAAGGAAACAAAAUUGAACCCUAAAAAUUAGGUCUGUGUUUUAGAGACGAAAAGCUUAUGGACUCCUGCACAACGUAUUGCAUUUGAAAUACAUCUGUUAAACCUUGCAAAUUUAAUUAAAGUGUGGUUUUUGUGUGUGUUUUUUUUAAAAACCUUAUUCAGUUUAAAUGUUCCCUUAAUCAGUGAAGGACAACCCCUAUUUAUUGAAUAUAGCAAUUUAGUUAUAUAAUUUGCUGUUCAUAGAAAUUUUGGUAUUGGGAUAAUGGGUUAAGCAGGUUAUAGUUUACAAUCCUUUGAAGUGAUAUGUGUGGGGGGAUUUUACCAUAAGUCUGCUCUCAUUUCAAAUAAAAGUUAAUUCCAUUGAAA